GCUAGUUGUUAAUUAGAAAGUGAUAGAUAAUUAGAAGGAAUUAAUCCCAUUCGAUUAGAGAGAGCUAGCAGAGCAAAACGGAAGUCGAAAAACUAAAAAAGUAAUAAUAACCACCCGCAUAGUCCCCGGCUCCGCGCAACGCCUCUCUCCUUCUCUCUCUCUCAUUUGUUUUCUCAUCCCUAAGCAAUGCAGCGGCAGUCGCUAGGCUCUCCGGUCUCCAAGCUCCACUUCCAUGGCGGAUCCGACGACGCGGAGGUUUGCGACAAUUCCGGCACCUCCUCGCUCUCUCCUCCUCCUCCUUCACUCCUGCUCGAUUCCGACGACCGCCGCCUCAAAACAGCCAAAUUACCUUCUCGCCGCCUCUCCACUUCCGCUUCCUCAUCCUCCUCGCCGACUCCCACUCCGGAGAAGCUCAUCCACCUGAUUCCGAUCAUCCUCCUCUCCUGCUUCCUCAUCCUCUACCUCGUCUCCAACAAUCCCUCCCAAUCAAAUUCGCCGGAAUUUAUCCGUUUGAAGCACGCAGCUUCGAUCGAGAUUGAUUCCGCCGUCGCCGACAGCAAGCUGGGCGAGCUCAGAGCCAGGGAAGUGAUGCCGAUUCGGAGCUUCAGGAACUUGCAGGAGACGGCGCGCAGAAUGUCCAGAUCCCAACACCGGAAAUUCGCCGGGCUCUGAAAACGGAACCCCCAUCCGGCCCCCGACAGCUAUAUCCAGCUCCAUCCUGCACUGUAAAUCCGCAAUUUUAAUUUGAAUUAGUUGAUGUGGAUUAAAAUUUUUCGUUUGAUGUGAGCUUCUUUUUUGCUUUGUGCGUGACUCGUUUUGUUGUGAUUGGCUGGAUAAAAGAGUAGCGAUGGAUUUGAGUAAUUAGUGUGAUAAAUUAGAGAAAGACACCGCGAUUAAGGAUAUGAUUUAAUUAGAACAGAGGAAGGGA